AUGGCCUACUCCCCAAUGUUCCUCUACCAAACGCCGUACCUCACUUCCUACUUCAACCAACCAUACGUCUCGCCAUUCAUCCCACCCGCGAACCUGCCCCCUUCUCCGCUGCUCUCGCCGGACUCACGUCGCGUUCACUUCGAGGGAGACGGGCAUUAUCACCGCCAACGACGUCCGUCGUGGCAUGGAGGUCUUGCGCCUCCGGUCCAGGUGCCGUUCCCUUCCCCGCCUGUUCUCUACACUCCGCUCCCUCCCGUCGUCGGCAUUCCUACCCAAGCCGCCCCGCCUUUCACCCACCAUCGCCGUCGCUCCGACACAUGCAUCGCGACCCCCUCCUGGUUCGCCGUGCCUACGAUGGGCCCGACUCUCUUCGCCCCCAUCGGGUUUCCCUCCCCACCCGCGCCCCCUCCUCGCGCUCAGGUCCAUCCGCUCCUCGACGGGGAGGGUGCUGGCGGUCCGCGCAUCUAUUUCGACCUAUCUCACUACGAGUGGUCCCCUCUUCGCACCGCCUCUGUCUAUGACCGUCACGGUUCCGCUCUCACCCAAGAGGAGCUGAGGGCGUCCGCGACGUACCCUCCGGUCUGGCACAUGGUCAUCACCUGCGACGAAAUUUCCGACUGGCCCAUCGUCCUCGACCCGAAGACGGUGCAGGAAAAUCGCUCCCGCGAGGCCAGCCCGUUCCUCCACGUGCCCUUCCCCCAGACAAACAUCCCCCCGAUUUCGGUGCACGACGUCCUCUACGCCGUGUGGAAGCACCUCCAGACGCGGAUCACCCAGCAGGACUGGGCCCGGCUCGACCAACGCCAGGUCAAUGAGAUCUCGAGGGCGUACACCCGCCGGAGCAGGACGUUCCCCACGUCCCGCGACUUCGACAAGGAGGUUGGUGUCCGCCGCAUCGACUACCUCGUCGACAAGUACUGCUUCCGGGGGAUCGCGCGCCCGUACCCGACGGACUCGUUCGAGAAAAUGAAGCUCGUCGUCGGUCCGCCCCCCUCGCGGUAA